AUGCCCGACGACAGACAGGAGAACCCUGAAGAGGCCCAGUCCGGUCUCUCUAUCGAAACCACGACUCGUCCUCGCGCUAGCACCGAACAUGACGCUGGGGGCAGUCCUCAACGUCCAUCCUACUCACCUGUGACUCCAACGCUUUCACAAGCCAGUUUGGCUUCCCAAGAUGGUAACGGAGCAGACCCACCACCACCACAAUGGAUGGAUGAACCACCUGAACCACUUCCCGUAAGUUUGGACGACAAUCCGGACGCCAUUGCCCUAAGAGCGACGCUGUCGAUCCUACAAAUCCAGCGGCAACAGGCUCUGCAGGACGUGAGGAAACUUGACAAGAUGAAGAAGGCUGCUCUGGAGGACCCGCAACACUUCGUCAAGGACCUUCAAGCAGGCAAGUUGAAUCGCCAACCUCGAGCUGGCAUCGACGUCGACGGGCUGGAGUCUGCAGAGACCCGGGAAGAAGUAGGUGCAUCCAAGUUCGGUCAGUUCCCAGGGGUGCAGAAUGUCGUGCGUACUCCGCGUGUGGAGUGGGCCAAAUAUCACAUUGUUGGUGAGCCGCUAGAUCGCAUGCACCGGGUGCAGCAGCAAUAUCCGGGCUCCGACGACAAGCGUCAAGACGGUUCUGACCGACCGCAGCCUCACACGAUGGCUGCGCCAUAUCGUCCUUUUGUGGACAGGCUAGAAGAGACAAGUCAGCAGACUCAAAAAUCUUCGGACCGUUGA